CUCUAAUCAUUUAUGCCGGUAUUUAAAAAACGCAAUUCAACCCAAUCUGGAGCACGGAUUUCAGCUAUAUAAGCCAGCCUGCAUAUACGUGAUUUUUUCUAUUCGAGAGGAAAACCCCACGACAUGUACCUUUCGAACCAAGCUACGAACCAAUCCAACAAAUGGCGGGGGCGGAGGGUGUUACCCCAGACGCAGGCACUGCAAGUUUACAAAUAUUGUCAAUAUCUGACGUGGAAAGGUAGCUGAGUAUAGAGCCUCAUUCCAGAAUUAUCCCUCCAAGGUGUUUAAAACGUAAACUACCUACAUAACCUCCCAAUGUCCCGGUCGCAUAUCCAUAUUUCUAACACCGAUUCGCCGCUGCCAAUCUGUCAAGUAGUUCGCUUUCACACUCAAACUAUCAUUUAUACGUCUUCCCAUAACAUCCUUAUUCAGAAUGGGAGAAUCCAUCAACCUGGGUGGGACUGGCCGAUAUCUAUCACAUUUAGUGUCUGAGCAUUCUAAGCAUAAAUACGAAAGUUGGAUGGAUUGUCUCAGAGAGGGAUACCCGUGCUCGGUCAGUGCAAUUGACAUUCUAGAUAUCACAUCUUCCGGUGAUAUCCAACAAUGGCUCGCUACGGCCAUGACGUCUACCCUUUCCACGGAGCUGAGUGGGACUGAUUUAAUUGAUGGAACUCGGUUGAUUAUAUUCGAUUCAGGUAAUCGAAAAUACGUGCAAGACCAAGCCGGUGUCAUGUACGAUGUGGAUCCUGGCUUUUUCCGAGCUAUAAUAAUGAAUGUUGAUCGGCAUGGGCGCUACGACGUAGUCAAUCACCGUGUACCUGAGUUUCUUGCCGGUGGCCAGCCACAGUAUCUGGAUUUGGGCUACGGCUGGGCUGGUGUAAUAAUCCGUAGCAAUGACAACUGUAAUAUUGUACUCGUAUCUGCGUCGUAUUUAGAUGGUCCCUCAUCUGAAUUUGGAACGAAACGUUAUCCUGGGAGGAACAUUUACCUUGAUUGUGACAUUCUCUCUGAAAAAUACUUACGAUCUCUCCGCAAGCGUGAUAAAAGUUUCUUUGCAGAGGCACAAAAAGACCCUCUCCUUUUACUGUUACCGAUAUUAGAUAUUCACGCUACCUACUUGUACGAGCGUCUCAUUUAUGCAGAUCAAUGUUUCCGCCGGGGAAGAACAAGCCCCCAAGAGAAACUAGACCUUAUUGAAAAGGCUUGGGAUGCCCUCCGCAUGAUGAGACACGACGGCAUGGGUCCAUUGAAUUGUAUUCAACAAUAUGAUAACGACCAUAAUAACGGUAGAACUCACCACUCCGAAGAAUAUAAAAACCUAGCCAAGAGGUUCGAAUGUAUAGAAAGACAGAUAUGCCUUACAGAAACGCUAGCUCGGGACUAUUUACAACACCACAUUGGACUGUUUAGUCUUGAUGAAUCCCGUGCAUCGAUCAAACAGUCCAAGGUUGCUCUAGAAGAGAGCAGGCGGACAAAGCUAAGUAAGUGAUAUAAUAACACCUCUUCA